AUUCAGCGAGAACGUUAGUCUUUGACUAGCUAUUCAAUUGUACGUGUGCAGCAGACGGUGGCGGUGGUUUAAUUUUUGACUUCCGGAUAGUUAAGUGAGUGCGUGCGGAACAAUGAUGGAACCCUUGGAUGUGGCCAUCACUGUUGUGAUGGUUGCAUUGGCUGUCUAUAUGUAUUUGGACAAAAAACACUCCUAUUGGGCAGAUCGGAAAGUUCCGUUCGUUAAGCCGAAGUUUUUCUACGGGAAUGCCAAGGAAAUUUCUCAAACAAUGCAGGUUGGGCAAGUGUUUCAACAAUUCUACCACGAGCUGAAAGGCCGUAGUCCAUUCGGUGGAAUUUACAUGUUUACGGCACCGGUAGCUGUGGUGACGGAUCUGGAACUGCUGAAGUGUAUUUUCGUGAAGGAUUUCCAAUACUUCCACGAUCGUGGAACUUUCUACAGUGAGAAGGGCGAUCCCCUAUCAGCGCACAUGUUUAAUCUAGAAGGAAACAAGUGGAAGAUGCUGCGGAAUAAAUUGUCACCGACCUUUACGUCUGGGAAGAUGAAGAUGAUGUUUCCGACGAUCGUGGCAGCAGGGAAACAAUUCCACGAUUUUAUGGACGAAAAGGUUAAGCAGGAGAGUGAGUUUGAGCUGAAAGAUCUUCUGGCACGGUUCACCACCGACGUAAUCGGGAUGUGUGCCUUUGGAAUUGAAUGCAACUCCAUCAAAGAUCCGGACGCACAAUUCCGUGUUAUGGGACGAAAGUUGUUCACGACAGGCAGAAGUAAGCCAAAAUCGUUUUUGAUGAACACUAUGCCUAAGGUUGCAAAGUUGUUGAGAUUGAGAAUUUUUCCGGCUGAUGUAUCAGAUUUUUUCAUGAAGGUGGUCAGAGAAACGAUCGAUUAUCGAAUGGCGAACAAUGUUCACAGGAACGAUUUUAUGGACUUGUUGAUACAAAUGAGAAAUCCAGACGAGAAUAAAAGCAGCGAGGGACUUUUGUCGUUCAACGAAAUCGCUGCCCAGGCAUUUGUUUUCUAUUUGGCUGGAUUUGAAACCAGUUCAACUCUACUUACUUGGACACUAUACGAGCUAGCUGUCAACCAGGAUAUUCAAGAAAAAGGAAGGCAGCAUGUUAAAGAAGUACUGAAAAAGCAUGAUGGGGAAAUGACAUAUGAAUCCAUAACCAGUAUGAAGUAUUUGGAUCAGAUAUUAAAUGAGGCUUUACGUAAGUAUCCACCAGUACCGGUGCAUUUCCGGGAAACAUCCAAAGACUAUACCGUUCCGGACUCAAACAUAGUCAUCGAAGGCGGUACUCGCCUAUUCGUUCCGGUCUAUGCCAUUCAUCACGACCCGGAGAUAUUCCCCAAUCCAGAACAGUUCAAUCCAGAUCGUUUCACUCCGGAAGAGGAACAAAAGCGGCAUCCCUACGCGUGGACUCCUUUCGGCGAGGGUCCACGGAUUUGUAUCGGAUUGCGCUUUGGUAUGAUGCAAGCUCGAAUCGGAUUGGCCUAUCUGCUGAACAGCUUCAAAUUCUCUAUCGGUGAAAAGUGCAAGGUACCGCUGGAGUUUGACGUGAAGAGCUUUAUCCUUGCCCCGAAAGGAGGAUUGUGGUUGAAGGUUGAAAAGAUUUAGUUUUAUUUGUUGAUAGUUCUAUGAAUUAUUGUUAUUAUUAAGUAAUGUAAAUUGUGUUUUUGUAGAAUGUAAGAGAUAAAAGAUUAAAUUAAUUUCAUAGCGACGUGUCUCAUCAACUAUGACUAUUUUAGCUUA